UCCCUUCUCUCUCCCACCGUACUCUCUCUCCAGUUACCAGAUGAACGGAAUCUUUUCCGGCGGCGGAGGAGGAAAGAGUCGCGGAGAUGCGACGGAGAAUCCCGGUGACUCCUCGCCCCCGCAGCAUAAUCCGCAUCCGGCGGCGCAGAGUGCGAAUGCCCUUCCGCCGCCGUUCCUGAGCAAGACGUAUGACAUGGUGGAAGAUCCGAAAACGGACGCGGUUGUUUCGUGGAGUCCGACGAACAAUAGCUUCAUCGUCUGGAAUCCGCCGGAGUUCGCGCGUGAUCUUCUCCCCAAGUACUUCAAGCACAACAAUUUCUCCAGCUUUGUUCGCCAGUUGAACACCUAUGGUUUCAGGAAAGUGGACCCCGAUCGAUGGGAAUUUGCUAACGAAGGGUUCUUAAGGGGUCAAAAACACCUCUUGAAGACUAUAACCCGACGAAAACCUGUUCACGGGCAUGGUCCUCCACAGUCUCAGCAGCCACAGGGCCAAAGUUCAACGUCUGUAUCGGCAUGUGUGGAGGUCGGGAAAUUUGGGCUUGAGGAAGAGGUUGAACAGCUUAAAAGAGACAAAAAUGUGCUUAUGCAAGAACUCGUCAAGUUACGGCAGCAGCAGCAGACAACUGAUAACCAUCUUCAGACAAUGGUUAAACAUCUUCAGGUCAUGGAGCAGCGACAACAACAGAUUAUGUCUUUCCUUGCCAAAGCCAUGCAGAACCCCACCUUCCUCUCUCACUUUAUACAGAAGCCGAACAACAAUAUGCAUGUCACUGAAUCCAACAAGAAGCGGAGGCUGAAACAGGACGCCGUUACCGAGCCUAACCAUAGCUCGACCGCAUCAAAUGGACAGAUUGUCAAGUAUCAGCCUCUAAGAAGUGAUCCGACAAAGUCAAUGCUAUGGAACAUCAUGAAAACGGAUGACAAUCUCCACUUCCAUGACGGGUUUUCAUCAACACAUCGGAAUCUCUUUCCUGGAAACUCACCUAGCCGGGUCUCAGGGGUCACUCUUCAAGAGGUACUGCCCACAACUUCAGGGCAGGCACCUGCAUUUGUAUCUGCAACAUCCGGUCAGCCUCCAUCCUACAUAUCCACAGUAGCAGGGCAGCCAUCGUCCUGCUUGCCUACAACUUCGGGUCAGUCAUUAUCCUAUACACACUCUCCGUCAGAGUUGUCAGUCCCUAUUGCCGUUUCUGAAGCCACAGCCACUGAAGAGUUCUCAAGAACUCGAUUUCUGGAACAGCUCUCCACUUCAGCUCCCCUGCCAAGUACUACUCUCAUGUCUGCAAGUCCCACGAUGUCAGAACUGGCGCCAGAGAGCAUCAGUGACAUUUCUGGGGCAUUCUUUGAGCCAUGCCCUUUGUUGGAUGGCUCGGUGCCAAUUCAGUUUGACGUUCCUGAGAUGGAUGAACUGAUGGGUAGCUGUGAUUUCUUGGACGAAUACUUAAUGAAAGACCCGGUUCUUGGAGAGACAGAACUAGCAACAACAGCAGCAGAGGCUGGAAAUGACAAGGGUUUGGCGAAAGCUGAGAAUGUGGAUAGGCUGACAGACCAGAUGGGGCUUCUCGCAUCGGAAGCCAACAAGUGACCAGAGAACUAAUCGUAAACUUGUUUACUUUUGGGUUUAUGUCAGUCCAUUAUAUGUUUUUGUAUAGUCUGGUUAACUUCGACAAGCGUUUCUGUAUAUUUAGUGGGGUUGUAUAGGUAUUCAAUGUGCAUGUGAUAGUGUAUUUUAGUCGUGUAUAAAGAAUACAUACAUACAUAUA